AUGACACCGUCUGUUAUGUCCCUCGCCCUGCUGCGGCGGGCGUCACCGUCGCCAUCCUUGUACCAUGGCCUCAAGAGACACUUUUCCAACACGGUCGCCCGCGAAGCUUCAUGGGGCUUCAUUGGCCUGGGUGCUAUGGGAUACCCCAUGGCGAAGAACCUACGAGCCAAGAUCCCCGAAGGCGACACGAUGACCGUCUUCGACGUCAACACUGCGGCGUUGGAGAGGUUCUCCCAGGAAGCUACACCGACUGGAGUCUCCGUGGCAAAGAACCCUCGCGAGCUGGUCGAGAAUUCUGACAACAUCAUCUCGGCACUCCCCGAACCACGACACGUCAAGGGUGUGUUCGGAGACAUCCUUGCCUCUUCGCUCCCCAAACCCCCCACAGAGCAAUCCAGGCUCUUCAUCGACUGCUCCACGAUCGACCCCGUCACGUCGCGCGAAGUCGCCAAGCUGGUCAAGGAUAAGGCGGGUGCCGACUUCGUCGACGCACCUAUGUCGGGCGGCGUGGUCGGUGCCCGCGCCGGCACUUUGACGUUCAUGGUCGGGUGUGAAGAGAAGGACAUCCCCAAGAUCGAGAAGAUUUUGCUCCUCAUGGGCCGGAAGGUGUGGCACAUGGGACCGCAGGGUACGGGGUUGAGCGGGAAACUGGCCAACAACUACGCGCUGGCGAUCAACAACAUCGCGUGCGCCGAGGCCAUGAACCUCGGGGUGCGGUGGGGCAUCGAGCCCAAGGCCCUCGCCAACCUGCUCAACUCGGCCACGGGCAAGAGCUGGCCCAGCGAGAUCAACAACCCCGUCCCCGGCGUCAUCGAGACCAGCCCCUCCAGCAGGGACUACGAGGGCGGCUUCGGCGUCAGCCUGAUGAACAAGGACCUGAGGCUCGCAAUGGCCGCCGCGAACGAGGCCGGCGCCAAACUCGCCCUGGCCGACAAGGCCAAGGAGGUCUACGACCAGACCGAGAAGGAGUACAAGGGCAAGGAUUUCUCCGUGGUGUAUCGCUGGCUGGGUGGGAAGGAAUAA